AUGGGUGGAAGAAGUAACAAUUAGGUGGGCAUGUUCCCUCUGUUUCCCAUCUCCCAAAGCCUUUUGCUAAAGCCGGAAUGACAAGUUAACGCCAAACUCAGGCUGCUCGAUAACUUUGAAGGGGAGAGAAGAAUUUGGAGAGGAGAAGCAGAGAGUUUUGCUGAGAAAUGGCAACUAUGGCUUCUGUUUGGGUUGGCAGUAGAGGAACAAUUCGGGAUUACUCUGGCUUUAAUGCAUCAAGAGAUGCUGAGGCAAUUCGGAAAGCAAUCAGAGGAAUAGGCACAGACGAAAAAACUCUGAUUGACAUCAUAACAGGGAGGUCAAAUGCUCAGCGACAGCUGAUUGCCAAGGAAUACAAAGCAGCUGCAGGAAAGGAACUCAAAGAUGCUUUGAAGGGUGAUCUGUCUGGAAACCUCGAGCGUGUAAUGGUGGCACUUGUAAUGCCUCCAGCGCUGUUUGAUGCUAAACAGUUGAAGAAAUCCAUGAAAGGUUCUGGAACUGAUGAGCAGGCCUUGAUUGAAAUCCUUGCUUCCCGGACCAGCAAGCAAAUGAAAGAAGUAGCCCAGGCUUAUUAUACAGUUUAUAAGAAGAGCCUUGGAGAUGACAUCAGCUCUGACACAACUGGGGACUUCAGGAAAGCCCUGUUAACUCUGGCAGAUAGCAGAAGAGAUGAAAGUCAAAGGGUGGAUGAGCAGGUGGCAAAGAAGGAUGCCCAGAUUCUGUACAACGCUGGUGAGAAAAGGUGGGGAACGGAUGAAGACAAGUUCAUUGAAGUUCUCUGCUUCAGCAGCUUUCUCCAGCUGAAACGGACCUUUGAGGAAUACAGACACCUCAGUGGGAAGAACAUUGAAGACAGUGUAAAAGGUGAAUUGUCGGGACAUUUCGAAGACUUGCUGUUGGCUAUUGUUAAAUGUGCAAACAACACUCCUGCAUUCUUUGCUGAAAGACUGAACAAGUGUUUGAAGGGAGCUGGGACAGAUGAAUUCACCCUGAACAGAAUCCUUGUGACCAGGUCAGAAAUUGACCUUUUGGAUAUUCGAGCUGAAUAUAAGCGACUGUAUGGAGUCUCCUUGUAUUCUGCUAUUAAAUCUGAUACGUCUGGGGAUUAUGGGACUACGUUGCUCAGGAUUUGUGGUGGAGAUGACUGAUGCGGAGAACCUUCAGCGGAAGUACAGAGCUGCAGUCUUUCUUGCUUCCCUCCACAAUUCUCGUUGGUGGAGCUUUUGAGUGUUUAAGCAAGUGUAAAAUUGCCCCCAUGCUUCUGACUGCUUUCUCAUUAGGCAUCAUAACAAACAGAUGCUUAUUUUAGCAUAUCCCUUCAGGCCACCGAUGACACUCAUUUCAACACACACUGUGAUUUUGGAUGGGAUCCAUGCUCAAAAAUUGUACAGGCCAAAUCUGCUGGCAUUACAGAAACGGUUAGUGCCCGCGAAGUUGGAGUCUGCUGAAAUAUUAAAAACAAAUGACUUUG